GUAAUGUUUGCUUGGAAACGGCGAUCGAUUUUGCAUGGAGGAAAAUUGCGUGCGGGUUUACAUUAGAAAAUGCAAAAUCAUGGCUUGAGUCUGAAACACCUACCUGUUCACAGACAUGUCAAGGAAAAAUAAAUGACUUAGAGGAAGCAACUUGGAGUUAUCGAUACGGGUAUCAACCUAAGUAUCGACUUAAAUCCUUAAUUCUUCGAUUUGAUGGUUUAAUAAAAAAUCUGAGGACGAUCAACAUAAGGUGUGAUAACUCAAAUCAAGAGAGAUCUUUAGUAAUCAUCUGCAAAACGGACUUUGAGAACGAAAACAUCAUAAAAGAUAUGUGCACAUCAACUAAGAAUUGUGAAGAUCCAUCCAAGUCAUGUUCGCGAUCGUAUAGAGAAGAAAUCGGCGUUUGUAAAUGCAGAGAUGGAUAUAUAAGAUUCGGAAGCAAUUGUUUUAAGGGAAAUUUACAACUAAACGAAAGCUGUCAGCGAAAUGUGCAGUGUUCAGGGACAGUUGGUUCGGUCUGUCAGAACAAUAAAUGUGUCUGUGGGUCAGGAUACAUCCCACUCAAUGAUUCCAGCUGUUUUUCACAAAACAUCAUAAAAGAUAUGUGCACAUCAACUAAGAAUUGUGAAGAUCCAUCCAAGUCAUGUUCGCGAUCGUAUAGAGAAGAAAUCGGCGUUUGUAAAUGCAGAGAUGGGUAUAUAAGAUUCGGAAGCAAUUGUUUUAAGGGAAAUUUGCAACUAAACGAAAGCUGUCAGCGAAAUGUGCAGUGUUCAGGGACAGUUGGUUCGGUCUGUCAGAACAAUAAAUGUGUCUGUGGGUCAGGAUACAUCCCACUCAUUGAUUCCAGCUGUUUUUCACAAAACAUCACAAAAGAUCUGUGCACGUCAACUAAGAAUUGUGAAUCCAUCCAAGUCAUGUUCGCGAUCGUAUAGAGAAGAAAUCGGCGUUUGUAAAUGCAGAGAUGGGUAUAUA